AUGGACACUCUCCGGGUUGAAUGGGACUGGCAACACAACCAUGAUCCUUUUUCAGCCAAUGAGAUCAAGCAGAACCGGAUUCCUAAGAUGGUCAAGCAGUGGCUCACUGAGCGGGUGAUUUCAGGUCUCAAUUGGAAAUCCAUUCACCAACUCAUGCAAACCACCGAAAUUAUACAAAUGGACAGCGAUGCAGUCACACCUGAAGCAAACAUCAUUAAGUAUGACCAUGUCAAAAACUUGAUUCGUACCCGCAUGGGGGCAGCAGUCAUGGAACACCUUCCUGCCCGACUCAAGAAAUUCACCUAA